AUGAAUUCUGUGAAUCUGGACAAACUCACAACGCAGGACGCCUUCUUCGUGGUUCAGGUAGGGUUACCCUUAAUUUUUGAAUGUUCUAAAUUUAGAUGAGCCGGAAAUCGAUGAGUAAUUACCUCUUAUUAUACUGUAAUUUUCUUUUGGCCGCAGAGCUGACUUUUUAAAAAAGUUUUUCGUUGAAGCCUAGUGCAAUAUUGUUUUUGAAUUUUCAUAAGGAAACUCUUUCAGGAGUUGGACGAACUUCCGGUAUUCGAUGACCAGCCAAGUAUUGAAGCUAAUUCAGCGCAAAUCAGUGUUCAAACCAGCUUUGACACCAAUUUUCAAGACCGAGAAGCAUUUGUAACUGGUGUCUCAAAAUACAUCGAAGAGGCCACUCGUCAUGGCGUUUUUGUAAGUCCUUUCCGUGGGUUUUCUGUGUUUAGGUAUUCCAUGUCAUUUUUACACCCGUAUUUUGCUGUAUUUUCCUAUUUGUCUCGCUUUCUUCUUUAAUUUUUACUUUCCACACUGAUGGCAAGUAUAAUGUAAAAUUUCUUUGUAGAAUGACAUGCUGGCGGAGGGAUUCCAACAUGCCGCAAAUCUUUACACCUGGAGGUGUAUUUCUCGCUCAGUUCCGACGGUACAAUCGAACGAUGAUCCCGCGAGAAAUGCGAUAAAUCAACGGGUCUGCCAAGUUUUAGGUCCUCACAUUGAUAAACUCUUUGAAUUUAUGGAAUUUACCGUGAGUUUUCUUGAUUAUUUGAUUGCUUCUGUUUUUAGAGUUUCAGAUCUUGCUUACGAAUGUUCUCUUGACCUAUAAAUGCUUUCAGAACAAGGCAAUAAAUCGGUUUUGCGACGAGAUUGCCAGAUUAUGCCAUCCGGAAAAACGAAAAGAUUUCGUUUCGGAGUCGUAUCUCAUGACAUUGGGCAAAUUUCUGAAUAUGUUGGUGGUUCUCGACGAGCUGAAGAAUAUGAAAGCGUCGAUAAAGAAUGACAUGUCAACGUUUAAACGUGCUACGCAGGCUCUUCAAAGCAAUGGAAUGGAGAUGAUGUCCUUUCAAAAAGUCCAUGACCUCAGUUUAUUCUUGGCCACACAACAUAAAGUCAAGGAGAAUUUAAAAGAGCGACUCGUGCAGGUAACUUUUUUUCUUUUUUUGUUGAAUUUUAGGUUGAAAUCGCAAUCUGGGACAUUAAUUUAUAUUACACUAUGUGUCGGAUGUUCAAAAAUCACUAAACUUAUAAUCUUUUCAGAUCGAAGGGUUCGAAGACGUCCUAGCUGAUGUGAUAAACAUUUGUGUGUACUUUUUUGAGAAUCAAAUUUACAUCACAGCAGACGAGAAGCACAUGUUUGUCAAAGUAAUAGCAUUUAGUUUGUUCUUGAUCGAUGGCAAUGGUGACAACGUCAAAAAGCUCGAUCAGUCAAAGCGAUUGAGUAUUCAGAAGCUGGAUAAACUCUUGAAAGUAAGAAUUUCCUCUUUUUAUAUUAUCCAUGAAGAAAAAUUAUAUUGUUUUAGGCAUCAAAAUUUUUUCUGGAUUCUUAUAAAUUUGAGUAUUAUAAAUUGUGAUUUCAGACUCUAGAAGCAGUUCCAUUGUUCGGCGACAUGCAGAUUCAGCCAUUUUCGUUUGUCAAGCGAUCUCAAUUUUACAAUCCGUCGAAAUGGCCGUUGUGCAGUUCGCUGUCGAAUACUUGUCAUAUAAAUAUCCUGGAGAAAGUGAGAGUGACCCGCAAACAUCACGAUGAGUUUGUAACACACUUGGCAAGAAUCAAAAAUGAUGUGAGUGAAAAAUUUUAUAUUAUACUAGGCAAAUUUUUUCCAUUUUUGUUGAUUUUUGUGUCUUUGGCUAUUUAUUUGAAUUGAUUUUUGAUUUAUUUGUGUUUCAGAUGACAAUUGUUGAGCCGGAUCAGCCCAGAACCGACGAGGAGAACAAAGAAAUCACCGAAUUGUGUCUAAAUGGCCUCAGACUUCUUUGUGAUUGGACAUCGUCGGUAAUAGAGUUGGUGUCAUGGAAGCUGGACAACCCAGCCAAACCGGAAACCCAUCCCGAAUGCCCUCCGGAGUCGGCGAGUUAUGCCCGAGCCACCACUUACAAUUAUACUCCAAGUGAAAAGGCAGCGUUGGUGGAGAUGAUUGCAAUGAUAAAAGGUAAGCGUAAGAUAUUUUUUUUUUGGAUUUUCUGUCUUUAGGAGUUCAACUGCAACUCAGUCGACUUGAAGCGGACUUUGCAACUCCGAUCCGCAAACAUAUCUACGCGGAAGUCCAAGAUUUUGUCCAAUUGACCCUAAGGGAACCACUUCACAAAGCUGUGAAACACAAGAAGGAUAUGAUCUCGACUAUCAUCAACUCGAUUAUUGACACUUGUGCGGAUGCGUCGAAUUUGACCAUGUCGAAAUCAAUGGAGUUCUCGUCGAAGAAGAAGAGCAAAAAGGAGCAAAGCCAGAGUUUGAGCGAUUUGAGCAGCAAAAGGAGAAGAGAAGUACCGCCGAGUAGCACGCAGGUGAGCCUAAUUAAACCUAGAGGGAUAUAACAGAAAGUUUAGGUCAGAUAUUAUUGGUAGACCCCUUUAAAUUAAGUUUUUUUGACCUUUUCUUUAUGGUGAAUAUAAGAACAUGUGAAAUUUCAGCUCUACCUGACCAGAACAAUGCUGGAAAGCUUGGUGUCGGAGAAAUCGGGCGGCCGAAGACUCCGAAAAGACAUUGACCCAAAGCAUUUGGAGAAGAUGUUUCUCUUCCUCCGCCAAUCUUACUACUGGCCAUGUUUGUUGUCUUUCUCGCAAACCCUCGCCAAUUGCUGCGAUCUGAGUCAGUUCUGGUUCCGCGAAUUCUACCUGGAGAUGUCGAUGGGCGAGCAAAUCCAAUUCCCAAUUGAGAUGUCGAUCCCAUGGAUCCUGACGGAUUAUGUGUUGACCAGUCAGGACCCAUCCCUGAUGGAGUGUUUAUUGUACCAAUUGGACCUCUACAACGACGCGGCGGCGUAUUCGUUGUCGAAAUUCCGAAAGCAACAUCUUUAUGAUGAAGUGGAGGCGGAAGUGAAUUUGUGCUUUGAUCAGUUCGUUUUCAAGCUGUCCGAAGCCGUCUUCCAGCAUUAUAAACAGUUGGCUGCGAGGUAAGAGGGAACUGUCUUGGAAGUGAUUGAGUUUAUGUGGGAUUUGGGUAGAAUAUACAGUGGCGGACCUGAUCCAGCGGCAAAAAACGUACCGUUUUGCAUCCAGGAAGUAUCAAAAAAUGAAGCAAAAUACCUCCCUCUCCAAGUGAAAAAAAUCCGAUUUCGCAAGCGCGCCCGCUCGUUUUGCGAGGGAAAAUGCGAGCCCUUCAAAACGAAGUUUUUUCACUUGGAGAGGGAAGUAUUUUGCUACAUUUUUUGAUACUUCCCAGAUGCAAAAUGAUACGUUUUUUGCCACUGUAUCAGGUUUGUCACUGUAGGGGAAAUUAUGGAUCUUUUUUUGGAAAAUGUUGGGGUUUGGGAUGCUGAGAUCAGUUUUUAUGGGGUUUGGAUAGGUUUUUAGUAGAUUCGGUAUAUAAAUUUUAGUUUUUUGGACGCUCAUUGAGCUCAGGAUUGAUUGGAAAAAAGGUGGGAUGACCAUAAAAGUGGUACAAGAUCGUAACAAAAUUUUGGAAUUGAAAUUUUAGCUUUUGUGUUCGGUUUUUGGUCGCCUGUUGCCUGUAUUUUGAGCAGAUUAUGGACUUGAAACAAGUUUAGGCUCUGUUGAAAUUUUGUUUUAUGUUCAUACGAUAGUUUAUAUCAAAUAUUUUCUAAAUUUUUCAUUUUUUUAAAAAAUUUACAGUAUGCUUCUGGAUAAGGGAUUCAAAGCGGACUGUACACGAAUGGGAAUUACCCUCCGAACCCCACCCGCAGCACGCUUCGAAACGCUCCUGAAGCAACGCCACGUCCAACUGCUCGGCCGCUCCAUCGAUCUGAAUCGCCUGAUCUCGCAAAGAAUUGAUGUUGCUCUCGCCAGAAGCUUGGAUGUCGCGAUUUCGAGGUUCGAAUCGGAAGGCCUGUGGUACAUUGUCCCCUUGGAUGCGAUGAUCGAAACAAAUAGACUCUGUCAUCAUUUAUUGUCGGAGCAUUUGCAUUCUCUGGCCGAUUUUGAUGACAUGUUGACAGAAGCAAAUCAUCAAGUGAAUUCAACGAAUGGACGGACGACUUUGCACAUUUUCAACGAAAUGAGUGGCGAUUUGAUGCCAAAUUAUUAUUAUAAUUCGUUCACUCAACGGUUUGUGAAAGGAAGAGUGAGUUUUUGCGAGGUUUAGGCCGAUUUUUUGAAGAAAUUUGAGAAAAUUGGAAAUUUUUUGAAUUUUUUGAAAAUUUUUUUCGAGAAUUUGAUUUUUUUUGGGUAAAAAGUAUAUUUUUUGUUUGGGGAAAAUUGGAAAUUCUUUGGAUUUUUUGAAAAUUUGAUUUUGAAAAUUGUUUUUUUUAUGAAAAAUUUAUUUUUUUGUUGUCGAAUUAGGCCGAUUUUUUGGAAGAAAUUUGAGGAAAAUUUCAAAAUUUUUUGAAUUUUUUUUUGAGAAUUUGAUUUUUUUGGGUAAAAAAUGUAUUUUCUGUUGACGAACAACAUUUUCAGCUCCGAUAUCGCAACGAACCGCACCGAGACAAGCCCCCAUCAGUCCCGCCGGUCUUUGAAUUCGGCUCCAAAUCCCUGAACGCGGCCUUUGCCAAUAUAUGCGCAAUGCAUAAAAAUUACAUCGGAUUGACUCACUUUGCAACAAUGGCCAAGUUUAUGGGAUAUCAGGUAGGAAAAUUGAAAAAAAAAUUUUUUUUGAUUUUGGGGAUUUUUUGAAAAAAAUUUUUGUGUAAUUUCGGGUAAAUUUUGGCAAAAAUAUGUAAUAUUUGUGAUGAAAUUGCGAUUUUACUCCAUCAGAAAUUAUUUUGCCACCAAAAAAUAUUUUUUUGACACAAAAAAUUUGUAAAAAUGGAUUAAUUUUUGCCAAUUUCAGGGAAUUGCCACUGUGAUCGACGAGAUGCUAAUGUUGGCCCGACAAAUCAUCGACGAACAGAUCAAACCCCACGUCCGAAUCCUGUACAAUUUAAGUCCGAAGAUCCUCAAGCUCCCCCGAUACGACUAUGGCGCCGAAGCCAUCCUACAGUACUACUUACAGCCAGCAAAGUCGAUAGUUGCAUACGAGCCGCUGAAGAAGGAAUUCGCUCAAGGAUUGAGAGAACUGGGAAACUUGAUCACAUUUUGUCUCCAAUUGGAAUCGGGCCUGGGAAAGGAGGACAUGAUCGACUUGUUCAACAGCGCUCCGUUCACGAAAUGCAUCCCGAAACCGCCGUUUAAAUGUGAGUGGGUGUGAUGGGAUAGCAUGGCCGAAAUUUUGGUGAAAAUUUGCGGAAAUUUAGACAAAUUUUUGGAGAGAUUUGCGACUUUUUUUGAAGAAAACGUCUCAAAAAUUUUUGAAAAAAUGGAAAAAUAUUUUUCAAUUGUGAUCAGUCAGAAAUGGUGAUGAUUAUCGCGGCAAAAAGUCCUUGGAAAUUUUCUGCGACUCUGCACUGUGCAUGAACCCGAAAAAACAUUUUGCACCGUGCUUCCGUCCCAAAAAGUGCUUUUGCGGAAAAAUGUCCUUUGAAUUUUUCGCGACCUCCGAAUUCCGUCGCACUCCGAAAAGUUGAUUUGUCGCGGCGAAAAAUGGGAAAAUUGCACUGUGCAAAAGCACUUUUUGGGCCGGAUGCGCGGUGCAAAAUGUUUCUUCGGGUUCAUGCACAGUGCAGAGUCGCAGAAAAUUCCAAGGAUUUGUCGCGACGUAAGGCAAAAACAAGAAAAUUGCACUGUGCAAAAGCACUUUUUGGGCCGGAUGCGCGGUGCAAAAUGUUUCUUCGGGUUCAUGCACAGUGCAGAGUCGCAGAAAAUUCCAAGGAUUUGUCGCGACGUAAGGCAAAAACAAGAAAAUUGCACUGUGCAAAAGCACUUUUUGGGCCGGAUGCACGGUGCAAAAUUUUUUUCGGGUUCAUGCACAGUGCAGAGUCGCAGAAAAUUCCAAGGACUUGUCGCGACGUAAGGCAAAAACAAGAAAAUUGCACUGUGCAAAAGCACUUUUCGGGCCGGAUGCACGGUGCAAAAUGUUUUUUCGGGUUCAUGCACAGUGCAGAAUCGCAGAAAAUUCCAAGGACUUGUCGCGACGUAAGGCAAAAACAAGAAAAUUGCACUGUGCAAAAGCACUUUUUGGGACGGAUGCGCGGUGCAAAAUGUUUCUCCGGGUUCAUGCACAGUGCAGAGUCGCAGAAAAUUCCAACGACUUUUUGCCGCGAAAUUAAUUUGGAUUCGAUUUUAGCCCGAGAAGACCACGAAAUGAGGCUGACCCGGCUCAGCGAACAAGCGGAACGCAUUCAUAUUGCAUCGGCCGUUGAGACCUUCGGCAAUGCAAUUCAAAGAGGCCUGGUGCAAGAAACGGAACUCCUGACGAAGGAAAGACUCUGCGGAGGCAUGAAUAUAUUCGAGAGAUUGCUCACCCGACUUCGAGAUCACUUUAUGGACGACCAAAUUUUUGUGGGACCACCGAAUCCGACGAAUGGAGUGAUGCUGGUCGAUGAAAUUGCGGAAUUCCAUAGAUUGUGGUCGAAUAUCCAAGUCGCUCUUCAUGUACUCCAAAUUCACAAUGCCAGCGACAAAACGAAUGAUGUCCCGAGCACAGAGUAAGAGAUUUUGAAAAGUUUUGGAGGGUUUUUUAUGUUGUAGUAGGUUCAGAUUGAGGUUUUUGGAAGUUUGAUGAUUUUGAAGUAAUGAGUGGAUAUUUUCAGCGAAGUUUUUGGCGAUUCGCUAUAUUGGGCCUCCAUGACGAUCAUCAGAGUGUUAAAUCAGCAUCGGCGAUUCGAAGUCAUGGACUUUUCGUAUCAUUUGCUAAGGGUUUAUAGAGUCGAAAUGGGAGCACUACAGCAAGGAAAUGCCAAAAAGGAAGAUGGAGUGGUAAGUAGAGGCCUUAAAGGAGAUGUUGGAGGGUUUUAGAGCCAAUAAAAAUAAUAAGAGAUGAUUUUUUGGCGGCUUUUUAUAUCUGAUGUCAUGGAUAAUAUAAUUUUUUGAAUUUUCAGACUUUAUCCGCUAUUGUUGACCGAAUCCGACGGCAGCAGGCCCUGAACAAUUACAUUUUGUCUAUUUUGGAUUCGCAUUUGGGUGUCGUGGACAGAGAAUACGGCAUGAAUUCGCGACAACAGUUCGAAGCCCCCCAGCAUCGGAAGGCCGAAGAAAUGCGGCGAUUGCCCCCGUUGGCGGCACCUGGAACCAAUAAAAACCUAUCCUCAUUGAGCGCAAAUACGUCAUCGACCAACAUAUACGGCCAUCAAAAUAAUUUGGACGGCACUUGGGAGCAAUUAACGCCCCGAUAG